CGAUACAAAUCUCCCCGAUCAGCUGACCAGGGUUGUACACAGUCAAUAUGGCGGUGUGGCCAAGACAGAUUUCCUGAGGAAAUUUUGAGUGGGAAUACAUGUUAAACAGAAUAAAACAUUACAAGCUGAAGGCACUCUGGAUCAGGCACCAGGGGAAAUAACUUUACACCGAAAUGGAUCACAUUAACACACCAAAGGUUGAACAAGUCAAGUUACUUGACAGGUAUACCAAUAAGAAGCCUGCAGCUGGAACUCUGUACUUGACUGCAACCCAUCUGAUCUAUGUAGAGACUUUGGCAGACGUCCGCAAAGAAACCUGGAUUCUGCACCACCACAUUGCCACUGUUGAGAAGCUUCCUCUAACCACCACUGGCUGUCCUCUGUUGAUUCACUGUAAGAACUUUCGGGUCGUACAUUUUAUUAUUCCCCGGGAACGAGACUGUCAGGAUGUGUACGUGUCUCUGCUCAAACUGUCCCAGCCAGCAAAACCCGAAGAGCUCUAUGCUUUCGUGUACAACCCUAAGCAGAAUGAGGCAGACAGAGGAGUUAGCUGGAGUACCAUUGAUUUAAAAGUAGACUACCAGAGAAUGGGGUUACCCAAUGAUUACUGGGAGAUAACUGACCUAAAUAAGAGCUAUGGGAUUUGCAGUACCUAUCCUUCUGAGCUCGCAGUUCCCAAAACCGCAAGCAAGACUACAAUAGUGGGGAGUUCAAAGUUCAGGAGCAGAGGACGGUUUCCUGUGCUGUCCUACUUUUACAAGGAGAAUAAUGCUGCUAUCUGCCGGUGUAGCCAGCCGCUGUCUGGUUUUACUGCUCGCUGUGUGGAGGAUGAGCAGAUGCUGCAGGCUAUCAGCGAUGCAAACCCAGGGAGCCCCUUCAUGUAUGUGGUAGACACAAGGCCAAAGUUGAACGCAAUGGCCAACAGAGCUGCUGGAAAGGGAUACGAGAAUGAAGAUAAUUACUCCAACAUUCAUUUCCAGUUCGUCGGUAUUGAAAAUAUACAUGUGAUGAGGAACAGCCUUCAAAAGCUGAUGGAAGUGUGUGAAAUGAAAUCUCCCUCGAUGAGCGACUUCUUGACAGGCCUGGAGAAUUCUGGCUGGCUGCGUCAUAUUAAAGCUAUGAUGGAUGCAGGUGUUUUCCUAGCAAAGGCAGUUGCAGAAGAAAAAGCCAGUGUUUUGGUGCACUGUUCUGACGGCUGGGAUCGCACUGCACAGGUCUGCUCCCUGGCCAGUCUCCUCCUGGAUCCAUACUACAGGACAAUCAGAGGCUUCAUGGUUUUAAUAGAAAAAGAGUGGAUAUCUAUGGGUCAUAAAUUUUCGCAAAGGUGUGGGCAGUUAGAAGGGGACCCCAAAGAGGUGUCUCCGGUGUUCACCCAGUUCAUUGAGUGCCUCUGGCAGCUGAUGGAGCAGUUCCCAUGUGCGUUCCAGUUCAAUGACAGAUUCCUGCUGGAAGUCCACGAUCAUGUAUACUCUUGCCAGUUUGGGAACUUCAUUGGGAACUGCCAGAAAGAAAGGGAGGAUUUAAAACUCCAUGAAAGAACCUAUUCAGUGUGGCCCUUUCUUCUGGAGAAGACAAUGCAAUACCUGAACCCAGUGUACAGAGGCUCCUCUGCAUUUGGCGUGCUGCAGCCCAACACGCUGCCUUUCAACUUCAAGUUUUGGUGUGCAAUGUAUAACCGUUUUGACAAAGGAAUGCAUCCAAAGCAGUCGAUUCUGGAUCACAUGCUUGCCUUGAUCAGCCAAAAAUCCGACGGGGAAGGGAAAGUAAUUGAACUUCAGAAUAAGAUAGGAGGUGGUUGUGGAGCCCUGACAAAGGAAGCCAACAAUCUCUCGGAUGCCCAGAACUCCCUUUCCCUCUCCACUCCCAAUAUCCCUCAGGACUGUGCAGGAGAGCCUGAAGUUUCUCUGACCAAUGGCACAGCAGGGAUGAAAGAGGAACUUUCUUCUGAUAGGUCCAGAGAACAGGAGGAGUCAAAAAUAGAAUCUCAUAAUUCAUUCAGCAAUGGCGAGACUCCGGUUCCCGUCAUCUCCAAGUCCAUCGCACAAGCAGAGGGCGUCUCUGUGGUUUCCAGUACUGCUGCUGAUGAGUAACCCUGGCAGCCUUACCUAACACUGGGGGUUUCGUUAGUCAGCAGAUACAAAGAGCAGGUGGGAACCCAGUAGCUGUUUGCACGUGGAGCUUUUCAUCCAGUAUUAAUUAUCUGCUGCAUUUUACUGUCUUAACAAAAGUGCCCUUGUGAACUACUCCUUAAUGACUUGCGUGUGUGAACAUCCAAACUUUGAGGUUAUAAUUGACCUCAGCAAUGUUCAGAAAACAUGAAACACUACAUUCAUAAGCAGGGGUCUAAGAGUCGGCGAUGUAAAAGUGAUACAGGUUCAAAUACGGUAUGACGGUGUUAAAGCUGGUCUGCUUCCAUUUAAAAAAAUAAAAUGAUUGAAUACCAGAGAAAUGCACAAAGUUUCAGCUAUUUUCUGCUUCUUAUACUAGUGAAAAAAAGCACUUGCAGGAAAACAUUUUCCGGGAGCACAAAAUAUGUUUAAUAUUACUAAAGGGAAUAAAUUCCAGAUAUAGGGAGGGACCAAUUGUUAUUAUUUUUUCAUAUAACAGAUUGUGUUAUAUUUUGGAACUGCCAAAUUAGCAUUGCUGUUACAGUGUAGCCAAAAUGUUUGAGUGACUAACUAGCUUACUGUGUACUAACAGUAUUUAAGUGAUGUUGAGAUCAUUAGGAUAGUCUGUCUGCUGUUCUAUGCAAUGCCACAUUUUCAUCUUAAAGACUAAAUCUCGUUUAGAUGCAUGUAUCCUAUGGGUAAUGCCAAAGUGCAAUUUUAAUACGUUCUUAAUAAUGCAAUCUAUUCUUUUUAUUAUAUAGCUCACAUGCAUGUAAAGCAAGUGUCAUGACAUUUACAAGGGGAGAUAUAAAGUAUACCUAUACCAUAUUUGUAUCCAAACUUCCUGACUUAAGUUUGUGUCUCGAUAUGAUUAGCCAUUUUUGCUCCAUUUCAGUUGAAUAAAAGACACAAUAGAUAAACAACAUUAACGUCUUCAGAAACGGAAGCAUUCGGCUUUGGGUAUUGCUACUUUAAUGUGAAGUCCUUGUAGUCCACAUACAGAGAAAUUGAAUUUCUAAGCUGCCUGUUAUGCUGUCUCUAGUAGAUCGAUGCUCCCUCGCUGCUAGUAUAUUGCAA